CUCUCCUCAUUUCUCCUGCUUCCUUCUAGUCAACCCAGACUAGAGGAGAACCCAAAAAAGAAAAAGAUCACCAACAAACCAAAAAAUGGCUUCAAAAUUACUUUCAUCAUUCUACUCAAUUCAAUCUCAAUCCCAGAAUUCCACAUUCACCACUAGAUCUUCACCAUCAUCAUCAUUGGCGUACAUCUCCCGCCAUAAGAAUCCAACCUGUUUCACAAUCAAUUCCCAACAAAAACACCCAUCACUACCAUAUCUUCACACUCCUCUUCCCAAUACAAAGAACCUUAAUUUAUCAUCAUCAUCUCAUAGAUCUCUACAAACAAAAGCUCAAUUGAAUUUCAAUGUCCCAUUGAUUUCACCACAAGAUCAAUGGGGGACUUGGACUGCACUCUUCGCCACUGGUGCUUUUGGUAUCUGGUCAGAGAAGACGAAUAUUGGGAGCGCAUUGAGUGGGGCAUUAGUGAGUACAUUGGUGGGACUUGCAGCAAGUAAUUUGGGGAUUAUAUCUUGUGAAGCACCAGCUUAUAAUGUUGUAAUGAAGUUUUUGUUGCCAUUGGCUGUUCCAUUGCUGUUGUUUAGAGCCGAUUUGCGCCGUGUUAUUGAGUCUACUGGAACAUUGCUAUUGGCUUUCUUGGUUGGUUCAGUUGCUACAACAGUUGGUACUGUGGUGGCAUAUCUGAUGGUACCUAUGAAAUCACUUGGUCAAGAUAGUUGGAAGAUUGCUGCUGCCCUCAUGAGUAGGCAUAUUGGCGGAGCGGUCAAUUAUGUUGCUGUUUCGGAGGCUCUUGGUGUCUCUCCGUCAGUUUUGGCUGCAGGGUUAGCCGCAGAUAAUGUUAUAUGUGCAAUUUAUUUCACAACACUUUUUGCAUUGGCAUCCAAUAUUCCUCGUGAGGCUCCUACAUCAGCAAAUGAUGAUGUAACGGUUAUGGGAUCUGAGGCAGGAAACAAGUUACCCGUUCUCCAAACUGCUACUGCUAUUUCUAUAUCCUUUGUUAUCUGCACAGUUUCCACCUAUAUAAUGAAAGCACUUAAAAUCCAAGGAUACAAUCUUCCAUGCAUCACCGCAAUUGUAGUAGUAUUAGCAACUAUAUUUCCAACACAAUUUGGUAACCUCGCACCUGCUGGUGAAGCUGUGGCUUUGAUUCUGAUGCAGGUCUUCUUUGCUGUCGUGGGUGCAAAUGGUAGCAUCUGGAAUGUCAUUAACACUGCACCAAGCAUCUUCAUGUUUGCACUAGUGCAGAUAACUGUUCAUCUCGCCAUAAUUCUUGGAGUGGGAAAACUUCUAGGCUUAGAAAGAAAACUUCUGUUGUUGGCUUCAAAUGCUAAUGUGGGAGGACCUACUACUGCAUGUGGAAUGGCUACAGCUAAAGGAUGGAGUUCUCUGAUUGUCCCUUCAAUUCUUGCAGGAAUAUUCGGAAUUGCAAUUGCAACUUUCCUUGGGAUAGGAUUUGGGGUUAAGGUUCUUAAAUAUAUGUAAUUAAUUUUCAAAUCUUGUAAUUCAUAAUUGUAAAAUCUCAUGCCUUUUGUAUUACAGACUCAGUUCAAGGCAACAUAAGAAGAAAAGAUUUCCUAUGUCUUAAA